AUAUCUCCUUCUCAUCAACCUCAAAGCGUCUCUUGCACUUCUCCUCCGAAACAUCCCCAAAUUUUCAGUAAUCAAUCGAAAUCCCUUCCCAAUGGAGAUGGAUUCUGUCCCAAACGGAAACGCUACCUCCGCAUCGCCGCCACAAACCACCACCCCGACCAACGCCCCAACGACCCCCUUCUCGAAGCUGACGCAACUCACGGAAGCUUUAAAAUUGGAGCAUCAAUUUCUGAGAGUCCCGUUCGAGCACUACAAGAAGACAAUUCGAGCCAAUCACCGCGCCGUCGAGAAGGAGGUUAGCUCCGUUAUCUCUGGAGUUGCUGACAUGGCCGAUUCAGAUAACUUUUCCAAGGACGACGCUGUUAAUCACCUCAGGUCUCUCGUGUCGAGACUCCAAGGGCUGAAAAGAAAGUUAGAAGAAGGGAGUCGAACAGAGCAUUUGCAGGCACAGAAGUGCCGUGCUCGACUCAAUCACUUAGAAUCAGCGGAUGCUGAGAAUUUGUCAGAAUGGAACAACAUGCGAAUGAAACGUAUCCUUGUGGACUACAUGUUGCGGAUGUCAUAUUAUGACACUGCACAGAAGUUGGCAGAAAGCUGUAAUAUGCAAGAUCUUGUUGACAUUGAUGUAUUCCAAGAAGCCAAAAAGGUUAUUGAUGCUUUGCAAAAUAAGGAGGUAGCCCCUGCUUUAGCCUGGUGUGCAGAUAAUAAGUCCAAAUUGAAGAAGUCAAAGAGCAAGUUUGAAUUUCAGCUGAGACUUCAAGAGUUCAUUGAGUUGGUGCGAUCUGAAAACAGCUUGCGUGCCAUUACUUAUGCUCGAAAAUACCUUGCACCAUGGGCAGCUACCCAUAUGAAAGAGUUUCAGCGAGUUAUGGCAACUUUGGCUUUUAAGAGUAAUACUGAAUGUACUACGUACAAGGUUUUGUUUGAACCGAAGCAAUGGGACUACCUGGUGGACCAAUUUAAACAGGAAUUCUGCAGAUUAUAUGGCAUGACCCUGGAGCCAUUGCUGAAUAUCUAUCUGCAAGCAGGCUUGUCAGCUCUGAACACUCCAUACUGCUACGAAGAUGAUUGUACCAAGGAGGACCCAUUGUCACAGGAAAGUUUCCGAAAACUAGCAUCACCAUUACCGUACUCCAAGCAGCAUCACUCAAAACUUGUUUGCUAUAUAACGAAAGAGCUAAUGGACACAGAAAAUCCACCACAAGUGUUGCCAAACGGCUAUGUCUAUAGUACCAAGGCUCUUGAAGAAAUGGCCAAGAAAAAUGACGGUAAAAUAACAUGUCCUCGGACGGGCUUGGUGUGCAACUAUUCAGAUCUGGUGAAGGCCUACAUAUCAUAAAUCUCUCUGGAAACCUGAUGAAGUGGAGACUUCCUCUGAUGCUGUUGUGGUUUCAUUCUGCACCAUUUGUGGAUUCUUUUUCCUUAAGUUUCAGAAAUUUCUUAAUCAGCAACUAGGUAAAUCUACCGACACCUUGGCGUGGUAUUAGUGUUGGAAGGUAGCCACCUGUAGAUAUGCAAAAAAGCAGCUGAACAUUUUUUGGUGUUAUCAAUAUGGUUUCUGUGAAUGCAAACAAUAAAAUAACAGCUUUAAUUUCA